AUGGCGCCACCAAAGUGGGCUACCAUUGAGGAAGAGAGGUUCUUUCAGUCACACUCUGCCAAAUACCAAGCGUGUCAAGCCAAGCGCAGCUAUAGUGGAUUUUGGGAGCCGGUUUUUGAGGAGUGGUUUUCGUUAUUCCCCGAACGGCUUCGUGUCUUUAAGGACGUCCCCCUUGAUGUUGAAUUAACCGUUGAGCAAAAGACCGAGGUAGGCAAGGCUGUUGAGCACCGUCGACAGCAAAUUAUGAAUAAGUUCAAAAACGACAUGGGCUCAUCUAAGGUCAAUCGUCGAACCAAAAACCGCAAUAGUAAAAUGAUGACCGCAGAUGUAGCCGCAGCAAGCACAUCCUUGACACCGGCCGUAACCUAUAAAAAGAGCAUGGUUGCUCAGAUGAUGACCAGUUCGAAGCAUGUUCGUGGCCCGCAGGUGACGGAGGCGUUUUCAAAGCUUUUCUUCGAUGACGUGAUAAAACCUACUCUUGAUCUCGCCAUUGAGACAGCAAAGGCCGAAGCGGUGGCAAAUGCUGCAGCAGAGAAUACAACUGUCAAGAUGCCAUCAAACAUAUCCAUUAUCAGGAAGCAAACGAGCCUACUGUAUCAAUCAGCGUCCGAUGAAGUCAAACAACAGGUGGCGGAGUUCAUCGAAGAAGCCAAAAAAAAGAAGAAGCAAGAGUGGGAAGAGGCGAAGGGUGCAGGGGUAGUUGACCAUCAAGUAUAUAUCGAUAGACUACCUGGUGUCCUCACUGAGUUCUUCGACGAGCUCCAGAGACUCACUGGUCUCGUUUUCACGGUUCUUAUGGGUGGCCCAACACCAGCAAUGGGCGGGCAGAUUGAUGUCCAGAGUUUUCAUGUUGGUGCAACUGAAAUUGGGAAUCAGUUCGACCUCGCGUAUCCUGAGUUUAACUCAGGGAUCAUGCGACCAUGGAAAGAGUUCGUUAAGCGUGUGUUUCCGGUCGCAACGGCGAAGGAAGAAGGAAAUGUUUGGGGUGCGAGUCGACAACCAACGCUAGAGCCUGAGCUAUGGAAAGAAAGCUCUGAUGGACAUGUAUCGCAGACGCCUGCAGAUACAUCUGAUGGUGCCUUUGGGAAUAUCCCACGUGAUGCUUUAACAAUGGCGUCAUCCUCAGACAUCUUAUUUCCUCAUAUAUCCGAACCACUCACAUCCUUUUUUGAUGACGAUGACCUCACUUUAAAGGCGCUCCCUCCAUAUCCUUCACAGUCGACUUCUGCUUCUAACGACCUCACUUUAAAGGCGCUCCCUUCAUAUCCUUCGCAUUCAACUUCUGCUUCUACGGACUUGGACCUUGACGGUGCCUCUUCGAUGCUAUCUGUGGAAGGAUACCACGAGUUCUUGAGAACAUAUGUGGCUCCUCAGGCAAUUCCGACUUUGCAAACACCGCUAUAUACCACACAUGGAUCCGCCCUAGCAUCUACCCCUCCCAUGCCAAAGCCACUUACACCUGCUGAAUCCCAACCGCCGCCUCUCUCUGAGCCUACCUCUGCAGAGGGCCUGCCAGAGGCUGCACCCGUGAUGACGGAUCUCAUCAACAAUUCUGUUGAUUCCCAUUCGCACCUGGCUAAUCCAGAUCCGCAGCCUCUCUCCGAGUCUACCUCUGCGGAGACUGUACCUGCGAUGACGGAUCUCAUCACAGAGGACACUGAUUUCCGUUCGCACCCGCAGUCUCUCUCCAAGUCUACCUCCGCAGAGGCCGCACCAUUGAUUGGCAGUCGUAGCAAACGAGUCCGGCAGAUUUCCAAGCGCAACGAAAUUGCAAACUCGAUUGGGUCAGAGAACGCCGGCUCUAAAAAACGGGGGAGUUCUGGUGCUAACAGUGCAUGCAGGAAUGUCUCCACAUUGUCCUUUCUCUCACUUCGAGUUUACCUUCCACUGGAGACUGCAGCUGCUGCUUCUAAUGCCGAUGACAUGCUCUAUGAAGACGAAGAUGUGUCGCCCGAUGCUGUCCCAUCAUUUUCCCGUCUUCCCAGCCGCUACCAGUACGAGACCCAUACACAUGCUCCUGCAAGCAGCAUUCUCUAUCACAUUGGCAAAGGGGCUCUCAAAGGAACAAACUCAUGGGCAUUGGAACUGUCCAAUGCCAAUGCUCGCCACUGGAUAACCCUGACCGCACCACAGGUUAAGCAAAAAUUGCCUAGACUCAAGAUUUCUGGGGGUAGGAUCACGAAAGCUUAAUUCUACUUAAUGCUAUAUCACAGAUACGUAUUCAAUGGGUGUGCUUGGGAUGCAUCCGUCGUUACAUACCACUCUUGUUCACUGAGAUACUAUGUGUUCUUCGUCGUGUCACAUCUUGCUGCGGUGUCACAUAUGUCAGACCGUGUGACACGUGACAUGUCUGUCCGGAAUAGCAGAUUUUACACCCGAAAAAUAGCAGAUUUGAGAGCCAAAAUGAGGUCGAUGGGCGGACAGACAUAUGGGGGAGCUUCCGGGGGCCU